UGAUUGGACAGUCAUAGAAAAGCAGCUCCUAAUGUGGGGUAGACUUUCACGUAUGCCUGGUAAAAGGGUGCGCUAUAUAGUAGACAGUGACGAUUAUCCAUCGAAAAAAUCGGAUAAAAGAGGCCCAACAUCAGUGACGAAAGGAAUGCUUACUGAGAGAGACGCUCGAAUUGACGCAGAGGGCGUGUCAGGGCAACACACAGUCUGGAGGGAUGUGUACAAGAAAUGCGUUGUCCAGGCCCACCCUGUCGCCAUGAUUGUUUAUUACGAUCCCUAACGCACAAUAAAACCAUGGCCCGCAGACAGCGUAUCGUCGUCUCUCGCGGUCCUCCCAGUAUUGCUGGCAAGAUCCUAUGGGGAAGAAACAUUACAAAUUAAAAACACAUCAUCUGAAGAGCCUGGUCAAGUUCGUCGAAAGUGGAGGCGAAUUAGAGACCCACGAGGACGUUCCAGAAGGUAUUCGUCAACAGUUAUACGGCGAGGAGGAACAACGCCUUGAGAAACAGAAAAAAGGGGCCCAAAACGCACAGGGUGGAACAAUAUGGCCGCCAAUCAACAUUAAUGUCCUCCCGUCACAGUCAUCUCAUCCCUCACAGAUGAGCAGUAACGCGUCUCCGAGUGUCAGUUGUGGGCCUAUUGAUAUACCGGGGCCGCUUGACACAGCGAUCGAUGAGUACACGGCUUGGCAAAAAUCCCGUGUGAGUCGUGAUUCUUUCAAGGAACAGAUGGACAUAGCCCGCAAUGUGGCAUUGGAGAACUGUCUGGAUCUGAGACAGAUCCAUAAGGAUCAGGACUCGAGGUUUUUCAUCAGCCAAGGCGUGAAAGUUGGUGCUGCUCGCCGAUUUGUUAGUGAGAUCAAGAGCUGGCUUGAAGAACGUGGGAAAAGCAGAGACUCAGAAGAUUGUCUGGAUUAA